AUGCUGGGCAUGACGAGCUACUCGCCCAACUGUCCCGUCGAGGCUCAAUGGUUCGUCGGCAUCUACACCGUCGUCAUUUAUGCGCCGUUGGCGUUUGUCUACGUCCUCGUCGCCACCAUGUUCAUCAGGCAUCCGAACGCGUUUCAUCCGCUUUUCGUGUGAGUUUUCUCAAAAGUGUACCUUUUGAUAGUCUAUCAUUUCGGCUAGAAGUGUCUCCUUUCAGUAUCUCGUUCUUCCUGAUCCUCCUCGCCUACACCACCUCCAACUUCAUCCUCUUCUUCCGAAAUCUCAUCGAAUUCUUCUUCAUCGACGAGUUCAUCUUCUCGAUCCUCGAAUUCAUUUUGGUGUCCGCCAACUACUACACUCAACCACUCGUCAUUCUGGCCCUUCUCGAACGUCUCGCCGCCACCGUCUUCGUGUCGAAAUACGAGAAAUCGCUGCAAUGGAUACCGUACCUGGUGGGACAGUGCAUUUGUGUGAGAUCCUUCAAUAACCUGAUCCAUCUCAAAGCCGUUUCCUUCUUCAGCUCGUCUUCGUCGUGCUCAUGAGUUUGUCUCAACAUCAGGAGCAACUCAUCAACAAUAUUCAAAUUGUACUGUCCUUUGUGAUAUGUCUGGUAAUCCCGACGGUUCUUUACUGCUUCCCCAAAUCUUUUAAUUCUUCAGUGCCUCAUCGUUCUGUUUCUCGUGAAUCGCUACAAAACCGCACAUUCGGUGGGCAAAUCAACGCUCACCGCGAGGUAUCAACUCGCCGAAAACAUCAAGGCGUUGAGGUGAGCACUUUGAAUUCAGUCAAGUGUUAAUAAAAUGCUCAGAAUCUUUGUGCCAUUCAUUGUACUCGACAAUAUUAUCUCGUUGAUGUUUGUCGUCACAAGUUACACCAUCUCAAUUGCUAGAAAGUUCGAUGAAGACGAGUGCAACAAGUCGUCUAGUUAUGUACCGAUUUUCACCAUAUUUAGAACGGUAAGUAAGCAAUCUCGAUAUAUUUCAGUUGUUAGUAGAGAUAUCAAAAAGUUGUCAACUAAUAAGUUGUUCAUUAAGAUAUUUUGUACAUUUUCUCAGUUGACCACUUUUCGAUAUCUGUCCAGACAGCUGAGAUACAUGACAUUGAUUCAGAUAGCGAUACUGAUCCAAAUUUCGAUGGCCGUAAUCGUGGUCUACAUGCACGAAUCGAUGAAGUUCUUCAGUUGGAAAGACUGCCGACGGAGCAACCGAUCCGAAGAUUUGAGCAUAACAAUCGGAAGGCCGGAGAGUCGGCUCAAGAUAAAGAACGUGUUGGGCAAGAAUAUUGUGGAGCAAGAGACCGGAGAGAACUAUUUCGCGCAGCUCAGCAAGCAAUGGCAGAAGGUCUAG